CAGGAAGGUCCUACCACCGCUGAGGCCUCUCAGGCCUGGGGAGCUGAGGGAACCUGAGGAGAUUUUAUUUUUCUACAGUUCAGUUUUUAUUUUCAUUAUGGGCAAGAGAGAUAGCCCUCUGCCUCGGAGUGCUUAGCUUUUAAAACUUUCUUUACAAAAAAAAAAAAAAAAUAUAUCAAAUUCCGGUUUACCCAGUUCUACCCUCUCAGGACUGACUGUUCCUGUUGGAGGAGGGUUUCCUGAUGGCCGCUUUGGAGUCUGUGUAGUUUGGACUUGAGGAGACAGUGCUAGAACUCCUCGCAUAAGCAGGCAGGAUUGAGGUGGAAUUUUCUGGAAAAUUCCUUCUCUUGGUGCGGGCAGGAAAAGCCUGAAGGAUUCCCAAGAUGACCAGGGUGCCGGCGGCUAAGAAGACACAGAGCGCCCCCAACACGGGGGCCGUGUGGUCCUUGAGGACCUCGGAACACCGGAUGCAGGUCCCGGACAAGCCCAUGAAGAGCAUUAGGUACAUGGACAAGGAAAUAGGGAACCUCAAGAAAGACCUCCUGCGAAGCCGGUUACUGAUCCAGUCGGUGAAGAUAGGCCGCGGGUACUUCACCAUCCUGAGAGAGGAGACUGCCAUGAAGAAAAGGCAGCAGCAGCUGCAGAAGCUGCAAGAGGAAGAGAGAAAUAAGUUCCAGCCAGCCAUGAAGAUCUCAGAGGUCCUCUACGGGGACUCGCUGCUGGUAGCUCACGAAGACAAGUUUAAGAAGCUGGGGGCUGGAGCAGUACGCCGUCCCUUCACCCCUGUCCACAGCUGCAUCAUCUCCUCCUGGCUCCCCGAGGCUCACGUGGAGCCCCUCUUCCGCCAACUCUGUGCCCUUCACUGGCUUCUGGAGGCCCUGACCAUCGACCACACCCACCACACCAUGAAACCCGUGAUCACCUGCUGGAAUCUCAAGGACCCAGGUGGAAGCAAGAACACGGUAAAGAAAAUCAAUAAGGACAAGUACAUGGGACAGCGGUGGGAUCACUUCCUCACAGCACCCAAGACCAAGAAGUUCAAAAUCCCUACCAUGCGGACCACCAGUCGCAAGCCCAGCCGGCGAGGCUCCAUGCUGAGCCUGUCCAGGACCAGCGGCGGGUCCUCGCCCCAGAGCAGCAUGGUCUCCAUCAACCCCAGCUCCGACGAGCCGCAGAGCAUGGGCACUCAGGGCACCAACAGCAAGGACAUCGAGGACAAUGAGUCAUCCUCCACCAAGCCAGACGAGGAGGUUCUCCAUGUCAACCUGCAGAAGCUCCUGGAGAUGGUUCGGGAAAAUGCACGAAGGACAGUCAUGAUGGAAGACGAGAUGCAGAAAGAGGCACCCAGCCUCCUGUCAGUGUUCAAAUCCAGCAAGAGUGACUCUGCCUUCAAGGAUGGCCAGACCAUGCACAAGUCCAGCGAAAGAUCCAUCAGUACAAGCGCAGAAAGCCACACUGUGUUGCUCCAGAAGAAGUCCAAGAGCCGCACCACCCGUGACAUCGUCCACGGCAAGACCGGGGUGUGCAGCAGCCUGCGGGCCAAGUUUUACAGUGUGGCCCAGGAAGCCGCCUUCUGCCUUCAGGACAAGAUGGAGGUCCUCCUAAAACGCCAAGAAGAGCGAGGUCUCCAGAAGUUCCACUCCUUCGUCCUCGUCUCAAACUUCCAGAAGGAUAUAGCAAAAAUGAGACAGCAAGUAGCGGUCAUCAAAGGGGACGCGGAGGAGAUCGCAGAUCACUGGUACUUUGACCUGUUGUCCAAGCUCCCCGAGGACCUCAAGAACUUCCUCCCUGCCAAGAAGGUCCUGCUCAAGCUGCAGAAGUUUGGGGAAAACCUGGACCUGAGGAUUCGGCCCCACAUCCUCCUGAAGGUGCUACAAGAUCUCAGAGUGUGGGAACUGUGCUCCCCAGACAUUGCUGUGGCGAUUGAGUUUGUACGCGAACAUGUCGUCCACAUGCCCCAGGAGGAUUACCUCGGCUGGCUGCAGAACCGGAUCAAUGCAGCCAUCAGGCCUCACAGCACCAUGCUGUAGUCGGAGCAGCCGCUGGCCCCCAGGGAAGAGGGCUGGCCACCACCCUGUCCCCGCAUGCUACCCCUGUACCUGAUGCCUGCCUGCCCCUUCAGAAGUCCAUUAUGAUACAGUAAGAUCAUGUGGAAACCACACCCGGUCCACUGUCUGGGAGG